GGCCCCAAAGACAGAAAAUGGAAACAAUGCAACACAAUAGUAAAAAACUAUAAUUGAUGAAAAUAUGAAACUACAUUUGGGCCAAUAUAAUAAAAAACACACUGUGUGUCUGGGAGAAUUAACAGGGAAUAGUCAACAGACAUAUUCUAGUAAAAGUAUUAGCUCCAAAGAUGAAGAAAAAGUCCUUGGGUAUCUAGGCAAACAAAUAAAAUUAAAGAAAGAAAAUCAUAUUGGUGCUCUCUUCCUCGGCACUGCCUACGGAGGUAGCAGAGAUCUCCUCCUCGGCAUCAUGGCCGACCUCAGACCCCUUGUGAAACCCAAGAUCGUCAAAAAGAGAACCAAGAUGUUCAUCCGGCACCAGUCAGACCGAUAUGUCAAAAUUAAGCGUAACUGGCGGAAACCCAGAGGUACUGACAACAGGGUUCGUAGAAGGUUCAAGGGCCAGAUCUUGAUGCCUAACAUUGGUUAUGGGGGCAACAAGAAAACAAAGCACAUGCUGCCCAGUGGCUUCCGGAAGUUCCUGGUCCACAACGUCAAGGAGCUGGAAGUGCUGCUGAUGUGCAACAAAUCUUACUGUGCUGAUAUUGCUCACAAUGUUUCCCCCAAGAACCGCAAAGCCAUUGUGGAAAGAGCUGCCCAGCUGGCCAUCAGAGUCGCCAACCCCAAUGCCAGGCUGUGCAGUGAAGAAAAUGAGUAGACAGCUUAUGUGCACAUUUUGUGUUUAAAUAAAACUGGCAUCUUCCUUAAAAAAAAGAAAAAAAAAAAAGGA